AAAGUGCGUGGAAGGGGGCGGCCUCUUCGGGCUGCCUUCGUCGCUGCGCAGCUGAACCGGCAAGCGAGCACGUUGUCAAAGUGCUUGUGUUGCACCCUUUCGCUCGCCCCAAGAACAUUUCUAGUACUAAAGCAACACAAUCUGAGACAUUCGACCCCAGCGAGUACAGAAGAAGAAGAAAUGGUGAUGGAGAAGCCAAGUGCCCAGCUGGUCGGGCGAGAGUUUGUCCGACAGUACUACACGCUGCUCAACCAGGCGCCCGACUACCUGCACAGGUUCUACGGGAAGAACUCGUCGUACGUCCACGGGGGGCUGGACACGAGCGGCAAGCCCCUGGAGGCCGUCUACGGACAGUCGGACAUUCACAAGCGCGUGAUGGCGCUGAGCUUCCGCGACUGCCACACCAAGAUCCGCCACGUGGACGCGCACGCCACCCUGAACGAGGGCGUGGUGGUCCAGGUCAUGGGCGAGCUCUCCAACAACAUGCAGCCCAUGAGGAAGUUCAUGCAGACCUUCGUCCUCGCCCCGGAGGGAACGGUGCCCAACAAGUUCUACGUCCACAACGACGUCUUUCGCUACCAGGAUGAAGUCUUUGCCGAUUCGGACUCUGAGCCACCUGAAGAGUCCGAUGAGGAGGCGGAAGAGCUGGAGGAGCGAGUGGCCUCUCCGGACGCCAUCGCCGACGAGUCGGUACCUGCUUUUUACCAACCUGCAUCCAUUCCCGAAUCAUCUCACCCCGCCGACGAGGACGAAGCGGCAGCCGCCGCCGGUCCGGAGCCGGAACCCGAAGCGGAGAAGGAAGCGGAGGUCGUCGUCGCCGCGGCGGAGGCCAAACCCGCCGCCGCUCCGGAGACGCAAAGUGACGCGCGCUCGGCCAACGAGCAGUCGGAUAAGAAUGCUGCCGCAGAAGCUGCUGAAAUGGCGACCGCCGCACCGGAGGAGAACCGGGCGUUCUCGUGGGCGUCUGUGACCAGUAAGAACCUCCCGCCCAGCGGGGCCAUCCCCGUGUCAGGAAUCUCGCCGCACGUCAUCAAAGUCCCCCCCGGGCCACCGGCGCGCGUGGACGCGAAGUCCGAGUCUCAGUCGGCAUCGCAGAGACCUCCGCAGCGGGACCCCCGACCCCGAGAGCAGCGACCGGGCGCCCCUCCCGCCGUGUACCGAGGACGCCCCGUUCACGAGGGCGAGCAGGGCGAGGUGGAAGUCCGGCGGACGGUGCGUUACCCCGACGCCCAUCAGCUGUUUGUCGGCAACGUACCGCACGACGUGGACAAAAGCGAGCUCAAGGAGUUCUUUGAGCAGUACGGGACGGUUCUGGAGCUGCGGAUCAACAGCGGAGGAAAACUUCCCAACUUUGGCUUCGUGGUGUUCGACAACUCCGAUCCGGUCCAGAAGAUCCUCGGGAGCCGGCCCAUCAAGCUGCGCGGCGAAGUGCGUCUCAACGUGGAGGAGAAGAAGACGCGCCUGGCCCGGGAAGGCGAGCGGCGGGACGUGCGGCCCCGUGGGCCCGGAGGACCCGGAGGUCCUCGGGAGCGCGUCGGCGGUCCCAGGGGCCCCCCCGGCGUGUCCCGCGGGGGAGCCGCCCAGAAGCCCAGCUUCGGUUCCGGGCGCGGCGCCGCACCCGGCGAGGGCCGCUACUCGGCGCAGCGCCCGUGAGGCGGAGCCCGCCGCGUUCUGACAAUUGGACUUGACCAAAUUGACCUCCGAGCGUCCUUCGUGUCUUUGGAUUUAGUUUUAGUUUGCAGCUUUUGGUCACGUCACUGUGGCGCCCCCGCCGCCAUCUUCGGUCCCGGACGUGUCUCGUCUUAGUCUUGUUUUGUUUUGGUUUGGUUUUUGGUUUUUUUUCUCUCUCCUUUCUUCCCCCAAGCGGACUGGAAGUGGGAAGUGGACUGGUGUACUUGAAUCUCCCGCCUGUUCUGUUCCUUAAAGGAACGCCGCGCCGGUGCUGGAGGCACCCUGCGUCUUUUUAGCGAGCUCGGCGGCGCUUCCCGCUGGGCCCGCCCGGCGCGCAACUAAAUUAAAGUCAUUUGCUCUUUUAAAAAAAAAAAAAAAAAAAAAAAAAAACCCCUGCACGUCUUCUUCAUGAUGUCAGCGUCACACAUCAGUCAGGAGGUUCUGUUGAAGCGCUCGCUGGCGUUUUUGUGGCCUGCGAUCGAACCGAAAAUGUCCUUCCGGGCGGUCCGGGGCUCGCAUCUGGCCCGUCAACUUGGCUUCUUGCCAGCACUCCCAAACUUAUAAAUGAUCUUUUGCUAGCGUUACCAAAUUGCGAGCACUUUUGGAAACCCCAACUGCCCCCCCCCCCUUUUUUUUUUUUUUGUUGAAAAAAAAUAGCUGGCUUCUGAUUUCAAAGCACGUUUCCCAUCAAUUCCUCGUGUAUGUGUAAAAUAAUCUGAGGUCGUCAUGGCCGUCCGAGGGAAACAACAACAAACAAUUUGGCCCCCUGACGACAAAAGCGACCCAGGAAGCGGAGGGAUGAGGCCACGGUUCCGAACGCACUCAACAACGAGCGGUCCCUAAAAGUCCACCUGUGGUGUCGUUUGGGACCCUUCAAUUAUUCGCUCUGCGUCGCUGGCCGUCUUCCACGAGGGACGGCGAACUGGAUCCGGCGGAGCCGCCGCCGUCAGGCAAAGGGCCAAAUGUGGAAUGCAAGAAAAUUCACCCGUCCGUUACCCGAGUCGCUUGUCCUCAUCAGGGUACGCCCUGAAUGGCAGGAUGAUGAAAGAUGAUAAUGUCCAGAGGAAAACAUCCAAGUCAUUUUUGGGUCCAAUUGCACAAGACAACGUCGUGGACAAGCAUGUCGCAAUCGAGACAAAUUGUGGGGAAAUGAACUUGUAUAGUUUGCCUAGUUCUGCUGUCCAGUGGGUCAGGAGCGAAUCCCAGCACAGGCCCACCCAAAAGUUUUGCUCCAUCCGUGAAAACCGAGGAAGCAGUACUGGAAGCCGCCAGCAGAGGGGAGCAACGCACCGCACCGCAUCGCCUCAAUUUCCGGCGUCCCCGCGAUGUCGCGUGACGACCCGAACGGGACCUUCACCUAAACGACGACGCGAAAGACAAACCGACUUUUACAGUCAGUCACCGCUUGUGCAAGUUGAAAGAAAUGCAGAAAGUGGCCGUUUGAUUUUCAAACAAAGAAAGGAUCAAAAGACAUCUGUGCGCAAGCCCCAAACUCGGCUCCGGCCGGCAAAGGACAGCGGAGACAAAAUUGGCUCGGAAGAAAUCGAAGUGUGGGAGCGGAACCACAUCUCCCGCCAUCCGACGACCCGCCCGGCGGAGUCAAAAUGGUCACGAGGACGGCUGAGCAGCCCGUUGCCGUCAGCAAGACGAGGGUUCAAAUCCUGCAACGCCACACCUCAGCGUGCCGUCAAAUAUUAUUUUGUAACAUCUCACCGUUCCAUAUCUGAACACGCCACGUAUCGAUUCUGUUAUCGAGUUUCAUUCAACAUCAAAAGUCACGAUGGGGACGUUUGCCGCACGCCGAUCAACAAAUCAAGUCAGCAGUCAACAUUUAUUUUCAGGUUUUUAUUUUAUUUUUGAACAUGACAGAUCUUCGAGGGAGCGUUCGCCGACAUUGUUCAAAAUUAUGUUGCUAAAAGGUCAUUAACAGAAUAAUUAGUAGAUAUUUCAAUAAAUAGAAUAUAUGUAUGUAUAUAUAUAUAUG